GUCGACUGGCGCACUCUAAAACGGCCCAAGCUUAAGUUACUCGCGAUCCGAUUGAGCCAUUCAACAAUUGAGUGCUGAAGCGACUACAUCGCGCACCAAACGGCUCCAAGUGAUAGAGGCUUUUCUCGAUCAGGAAAAAAGGUUAAAGCCGCAGAAGGAAGUGGAGGAAGAGAAACAGACCAAGUGUCCAAAGUCAUCAUCUUGCAUGUCUGCUGCAAAAGUGAAAAGAUAUCAGUGAUUUUAUUCCAAUCUUCGCGAGUGCUCUGUGAUUACUCCAAUCGUUAUUCGCUUUGGGUACUAAAUGCGGAAAUUUGAUCACUGAGGAGAGACACUUGAUUGGGAUUAACGCUCAGUGGAUUUGCAAGAGACGGAAAGAGACACUAAAUAUAAAAAAAGUGAAAUUGUGCACAAGGAAAAGCUCUCCCAAGAAAAAUAAAAAUUGUGUGAUCGCGUGUGCUUUCUUCCUCCUUCAUCUCUAAUUUAUUUUAGUUCUUUAUCAUUCUUCUUCUCUAUAUUUGUUUAAAUAGGAUAUUUGAAACCAAAAUGAAGCAAUUAGUAGUAUUAGUGAGUGUACUGGUCGUAGUUGCAGCACUUCCUGUUCCAUCGGAGGAACAGCCCAAAACAUCACUAGACCUUCUGCAAAUUCCUCUACAGAAUGGCAAGGAACUCGACAUUUUGUCACUCGCAGAUGAAAAUGGUAAAUUGAGCGAAAGGAAUAAGAGAACAAUCGAUAUUUUGCGGCAACUCUUCCCCACUAUUUCUCAGAUAAUCGAGCAGAAGAUCCAGAUGAUCCUACCGAUCUUGAUCCGCACAGUGGGACCAAUUCUGCUGCGCGGCGGAUUGGGCGGUAGUUCCGGUGGUGGCGGACAGACAAGCAAUGACGAUGAUGAUGACAUCGAUUCGAAUGGUGGGUCAAACGAUCGCAAGGUUAGCGUAUCACUGCCUGUAUUCGAACCGGGCUCAGACGAUGACGAUGAGGACGAUGACUUUGUGGACAACAGUGCCUCACCCACGAGCGUCUCGUCCACCGUCGAACCAGAGAAGACCAUCAGUCUGCGCACGAGGAUCGAUGGGGUUGAGACUGGUGGCGAUAGCAAUGAUAGAGAUGAUAAUGAUGAUGAUGAUACUACCAUAGCUCCCAUAGCUGCAGAAUCCGUAGAUGCUACGGCAUCUGCUACAACAGCUCAAUCCGAUAACCAAAAUUUGGCCGGAGGAAAAGAUGCAGAUAAUUCAUUGGACGCUAAUGCGAUCAAUGAACAAUUGGAGACCAUUAGAGUGGUGCGCGAGGCUGUGGCGGCUGCGGCGGCCAAAGAUCGCCAGGAGAUCAAUCAGCAGGAGGAGCAGGGAGUGAGCAAUCUCGAGAGCGACCAGCAUCCAGCUGAGUCACAGCCAGCUGUCGAUGAUCUCUCCCUGGACAAUGAGGCUGACGAUGAGAACAGAAAUAAGAGGUUUCUUCCCUUUGGAUUUGGUAGCUCUUCCGGAAGCAGUAGUGGUGGCUCUGCGGGCUCAGGCAACUUCCUAUUCGACAUAAUUCGUCAAACAGCAGAUCGUGCUGCCCGUGCUGCUGGAACCGUUUACCGGGUAGUUGCUGGAACUGAAUCACUCGGUGUCAACAUUUCCGCCUCUCACAAAGGGACUGUGCCCUUAACUGACGGGACAUCAAUUAUUGGACAGAGUCCUUCGCUCUUUGCCGGAAGUAUGGGUACUCAAUCCCAGGAUGAACGUGCCAAUGCCCCAGAUGGUACAGAAAAUGGUGAUGGCUAUACUGAAGGCAUCCCUGGGCCAGUUACCAGGCUGUUUGUGCUUGGCAACCGAGGACUCUCCAAUCUCAUUCAAGAUUUAAUUUUGCGCAUUGCUCGAACAAGCGAGCGACUCGUGAACUUCAAGGCUCGUCUCAUUACAUCGCUUAUCUAAGAAGGACCUCACCUGCGCUCAUCUCAUUUAGCCCAAGUCUCCAAAAUGACUCUGCCGAUGGAAAUACUCAGCCACAUUCAGCUCAAAUCCCUGGGAGCUUCUUUCCUCUCAUUUUCUUAGGCUUUUGCGCCCAGCUUUUGCGGCUUUUCCUGCAGCACUUUUCGCCCUCCUUAUUUCAUUGUUCUUCUCUUCCAGCGCUUUAUUUAUGAGAAGCUCUAACACUUUGUAAAAGGAAUUUUAUAAUUGGUGGUUGGUGCAUCCAAUUUUAAUGUGGCUUUAUAUUUUGGUACAUUUCUCAUAAUUUAUUCUCCUGAUGAAUGCGUUUAGUUGAAAUUAUCUCUCAUUUUAUUUCGCCUCUAUCACCAUCAUCUAUCGUAGUAGUUAAAAAUCUAUCAUUUCUUCUUCUGCACUGUAACUAGAAAGUUUUUUUUGUGUAUUUUUAUGUAGCCAACUUACCUCUGUUCAAUUUUGACUGUGGUAAUUUAUAGUGUUUGAUUUUAUUUUUCCUCAAAUUUCAUCCGAACACUGCCGCCCGAAGUAAAGGGGAUCCUUAAGAGGUAUAGGGCCUAAGGUAUAGGCUCUCACUCCUCCUAAAUCCUCCUGAACAAAUGAUUUUAAAAUACUCAAUGGAAAUUUCUUCAAAAAAUAAAAAUAGUGAACUGAAUGAAGCACUAUUUAACGAAAUUCUCUCGAAGAAAAGAACUCUCUAUCUCUUAAAAUAGAAGAAAGAACCAGCAGAUAAAAAAACCUAUCCACAAAAGAUCAAAAGUCAUUGUGUUGUAAAUAGAUUGAAAAGAAAAUUUAAACUACAAAAUAGGUAAUAGAAAAAAAUUGUGUAAAUAUUACAUGCCUAAUGUAACAAACAUGGAUUUAAAAAUAAUUCUCAAAAGAGCGAUAUAUUAAAAAAAAAAUUCAACAAAAGUAAAUUUGUGAUUGUCUCAAUGUACGAGUAUAUGUUUAAGUCUUUUUUUUUAUUGUAAUUUAAUAUUAUCCAUCUUUGGUUGUGUAGAAUUAUUAAAAGAAAUACGAAAAAUCAAUUAAAAUUUUGGGAGUCUCUGUCAAAAUAAAAAAAAAUCGCUAAUAUGAUUUUAUUUUUGCCAUAGACAAGGUUUUAAUUUAUAGCACCCCCUGUCCCUGCAACAAGAAAAUUCUCCAUUUGGACUGAGGCCAAGCGGGAGAAGUGGAAGUAAAGUGUGUGUUUUGUAAUUAUUUGAAAAUCACAAUGUAAUUCUAAUCACAAAUAUUGAGAAGAUAAACAAAAAAAGACCAUGUGUAAAUAAGCAAAAUAUAUUCCUUGUAUGUGAGCGAAAUAA